AUGGCUCUUCCCUUUAUCAAAAUCUUUUUCUUGUUGUUACUGAUCACUCAUGAUCUUGACCUUUCACUAGCGAAAAAAUGUACAUUCUUUACACCAAAGUACGAAAUACAUGUUAUCAACAAACUUCCUAUCAAUACCCCACAAUUAAAAGUUCAUUGCGCGUCAAAGGAUGAUGAAAUUGCAAACAAGUAUGUUGCCAUAAAUGAAGACUUACAUUGGUCGUUUUGCGAGUCAAUUAGCCUUAGUACUUUGUAUUUUUGUAACUUUUGGUGGGGUCCAAAGAAUGCUUCUAUUACUGUGUUUGAUGACGUCAUCUUCUGUAUCCACCAUGGACUAUAUGAAAAUUUUCUACACUAUUGUAAAUGGGAAGUGAGACAAGAUGGUUUUUAUUUGGAGAUGUAUAAUACUACUGCUGGGAAUAAUACAUAUUUUAUGGAUCAUGAUGGUGAUUGGUCUUAG